GUCCCGUUACUGAAUUACAUAUGUGCAGACCGGCCAAACAGGAAUCGUUCCAUGAGCUGCUGGAGCCAGUGGCGUACCAAAAGAUCAGAACACCCUGUGUUCCAACAAAAUCAUUUUUCAAAACAAUAGCAGUCAUAGUCUGCAACAUAAAUCUUCCAAGAAGGAUUCAUAGUGAAUCAAAAAUUCUCAACGAUUCCCAAAUAGAAAAAAUUACUUAGGCCAAAUAGAAUGCUAUUUUGAACACGUCCACGCCAUCAGACGGAUGAUACUACAACGAGGACAGCGAUGCACAACAGAUAAGUUUAUAGAAGAAAGAAAUCAUGAACAAAUUCUGUGCAAUAACAAGUACAAUAUGUUUUAAAAAUUUUGGUGACACGAAUUACAUAACUUGCUUGAGUCUGAAAGAAGCAAACAGGAUUUUCAACGUGAUUGAAGCUCUUUUGAGAGUCCGGGGUCAGUGACCUCAUCCCGAUGGUACAUAUACCUAUAGAACCAGUUUGGAUUCCGUUAACUAAUUUAUUCGGUAUUUCUAUAGAAUACUAAUUAUAUAUUACGAUCGGUUAGCGUUGUGCAAUGUAAAUUAAGUGCACGACAAAGAAUUCGGAAUAAAGGUAGGACUCAAAGUGAAAAAGAUAAUAGGGGGAAGACUCUCAAUGUCACUUCUAGUCGCUGUCAGUUCACGGUCGUUCGCCUGCACACAUUUUACGUGAUGUCGCCGCAUCUACCGUUCAUCCUGAUCAUUUUAGCACUGAUGUUACAGAAAUAUGUAGCUGAGGAAAUAUGGCAACAGGAUUUGUCAAGGGAUAUGCAAAUAGGAGCAUCCACAGGUGGGUUCGAUCAGGUGAACCUGCGAUGCGGUGUUGAGAAGAUGGUAGUGAAUCUUAAAACAGCUGAAGACUUUUCGGGAGUAAUAUACACUCAAGGUAGCUUCUAUUCUAGACAACCACCAUGCUUCCUGGAUCCGAUCCGUGGUGGUAAUUACACCAUAAAUAUUCCCUUCGAUCAAUGUUACACGGAGAAUGAAAACAACAAGUACAAAAAUAUUCUGGUCAUGCAGCAUGACGACGAACUAAUUACUCCAGGUGAUGCAGCGUUUAUUCUAGAAUGUGAUUUCUCCAAGCCCAGGGAUAUAACUGUGUCUGCUGAACUACGAGAACCUGAAGAGAGGAAAGUGAGAUCGAGCAUAUCGUUGGUGGAUCCCGAUCCAGGCAGAGACGCGAGCAAGAAGGCUGCCUACGUCGAAAGCAACAGCGACCGAGUAUUCUACAUGCCCAACUCAAUUCCCAAGAUUAACGAUGAAUUAUGACAAUAAACUAUAAAUAAAUGCUAGGAUUAUUUCUCUGGCGA